UCGGGGGCGAGGGAACCUUGCUAGAUUGACCCCGCCACACUUUUAUUUUUGGGGGGGGGGAAGUGCUGGUGGUGGCGGGAAGAAACUCGCAGCCCCUCCCUGGCUUAGAGGAACACAACUUUAGGAACACAACCUAAAGAGUCGUUGCCACCCAAAAAAAGGGGGGGCGUGCGUGCACACGCAUUUUUUCCCUCCAAAAAAAAAAUCUGAAUCUUUCCACAAACACACACACGAGAGGCAGCUGCACCCUCCAUCCAGAGAGAGGGAGCCAGCCCCACACCCAGGGGGAGGGAGAACGCGAGAAGCAGCGCGAGCCUCUGAGAGAACGCGAGACCCCGCGCAGCUGCUGCUCCUGCCUCAGCUUUGGCGGCGGCGGCGGCUGCUGCUGCUGUUCGGUCGGCGGCUCCUUUGCUUUGCUUGCUGCCGCCCAGGCCCCGGGAACGGCAGAGCCAGGGCCGCCUGCGGAGGAAUAUCCAGCCCAUUCAGAGACGCUGCUGCUUCUCUCUCUCUUGUUGUUGUUCCGUUCGGAUUCCCCCUCCCACCCGGCGGCUCCUCUGGCGCGUCCUGGCAGCAGCGGCGGCGGCGGCAGCUCCUCCUGCAAAACACUUUUCCCUCUCCCUCGGUGUGUUUGUAUUUGCGUGUGCGUGCGCGCGGCGAGCGAGUGCACCGCCUGCCUCUCUCUCCCUCUCUCUCCCCCGCCGUGCCAUCUCCUCGGGACCCUGCUCAGUCAGUGUGCGCUCCUGAGUGAAUUUUCUGCAUCUGGGUACCUGUUCUACUGAAAACAGUUGAUUGUGGGAUCAAGUUGAAAAGAACCCAUACAUUUAUAACAGAUGGCAACAAAUGAUUAGGAGUGAAGAUAACUCACUGUCUCUGAAGGGACCUCAUUUCUUAACUUUUUGAGAGCCAAGUGAUUGAGGAAAGGCCAUUACAAGCAGAAAGAAAGAAGUCUUCUUGCAAAAAUAGGAGAAAAGAGGAGCUGAAAGAAAUGUGGUCUGCAAUGCUGGAAUUGAUGUUCUGUACCACUCCAAUUCAAGGCUGAAAAUUAGAAAGGCUUUUUGAAGUCUGCAAAAGGAAGGUAUUAAGUCAUGAUGCAGGAAUCUGCGACAGAGACAAUAAGCAACAGUUCAAUGAAUCAAAAUGGAAUGAGCACUCUAAGCAGCCAAUUAGAUGCUGGCAGCAGAGAUGGAAGAUCAAGUGGUGACACGAGCACUGAAGUAAGCACAGUAGAACUGCUGCAUCUGCAACAACAGCAGGCUUUGCAGGCAGCCAGACAGCUGCUUUUACAGCAACAGACAACUGGGCUGAAAUCUCCCAAGAGCAGUGAUAAACAGAGACCAUUGCAGGUGCCUGUGUCAGUGGCCAUGAUGACUCCCCAGGUGAUCACCCCUCAGCAAAUGCAGCAAAUUCUCCAGCAACAAGUUUUGUCUCCACAGCAACUUCAAGCACUUCUCCAGCAGCAGCAAGCAGUUAUGUUACAGCAGCAACAACUUCAAGAGUUUUACAAGAAACAGCAAGAGCAGUUACAUCUUCAGCUUUUGCAACAGCAGCAGCAACAGCAGCAGCAACAGCAGCAACAACAGCAGCAGCAGCAACAGCAACAACAACAACAGCAGCAACAACAGCAACAGCAGCAACAACAGCAGCAGCAACAGCAGCAGCAACACCCAGGAAAGCAAGCAAAAGAGCAGCAGCAGCAGUUGGCAGCCCAGCAGCUUGUCUUCCAGCAACAGCUCCUCCAGAUGCAACAACUUCAGCAGCAGCAACAUCUGCUGAAUCUUCAGCGUCAGGGACUCAUUUCCAUUCCACCUGGCCAGUCUGCUCUUCCUGUCCAGUCUCUGCCACAAGCUGGCUUAAGUCCUGCUGAGAUUCAGCAGUUAUGGAAAGAAGUUACUGGAGUUCACAGUAUGGAAGACAAUGGCAUUAAGCAUGGAGGGCUAGACCUCACUACUAACAAUUCCUCUUCUACUACCUCCUCUACCACUUCCAAAGCAUCGCCACCAAUAACUCAUCAUUCCAUAGUGAAUGGACAGUCAUCAGUUCUAAAUGCAAGACGAGACAGCUCAUCACACGAGGAGACUGGAGCCUCUCAUACUCUCUAUGGCCAUGGAGUUUGCAAGUGGCCUGGAUGUGAAAGUAUUUGUGAAGAUUUUGGACAAUUUUUAAAGACUACCUGUGUGAAUAUGUGGAUAAAGACCCAUCCUUUCAUGUUCGUAAAUCCAAGGCACCUUAAUAAUGAACAUGCAUUGGAUGACAGAAGCACUGCUCAGUGUCGGGUGCAAAUGCAGGUGGUUCAGCAAUUAGAAAUACAGCUUUCUAAAGAACGGGAACGUCUUCAGGCAAUGAUGACCCACUUGCACAUGCGACCCUCGGAGCCCAAGCCAUCUCCAAAACCUAGCUGUGAACUUCAAAGAUUUUUGUACGAGGGUCUACUUUGCAACUUGAUGAGUGAAAAAGAGUUGGCAUUUGUUAAUCUUCCACUUCAGGGUUUCACAGGCUGGCUAAAUCUGGUGUCCAGUGUCACUAUGUCUAAGAACAUGUUGGAGACUUCCCCUCAGAGCUUACCUCAAACUCCCACCACACCAACGGCCCCAGUCACUCCAAUUACCCAGGGACCCUCAGUAAUCACCCCAGCCAGUGUACCCAAUGUGGGAGCCAUUCGAAGACGACAUUCCGAUAAAUACAACAUUCCCAUGUCAUCAGAAAUUGCCCCAAACUAUGAAUUUUAUAAAAAUGCAGAUGUCAGACCUCCGUUUACUUAUGCAACUCUCAUAAGGCAGGCUAUCAUGGAAUCAAGUGACAGACAGUUAACACUCAAUGAAAUUUACAGCUGGUUUACACGGACAUUUGCCUACUUCAGGCGCAAUGCAGCCACUUGGAAGAAUGCAGUACGACAUAAUCUUAGCCUGCACAAGUGUUUUGUUCGAGUAGAAAAUGUUAAAGGAGCAGUAUGGACAGUGGAUGAAGUAGAAUACCAGAAGCGAAGGUCACAAAAGAUAACGGGAAGCCCGACGUUAGUGAAAAACAUACCUACCAGCUUAGGCUAUGGAGCAGCACUUAACGCAAGCUUACAGGCUGCGCUGGCAGAGAGUAGUUUACCUUUGCUUGGUAACCCCGGAUUGAUAAAUAACGCAUCCAGUGGCUUACUACAGGCAGUCCAUGAAGACCUCAAUGGUUCGCUGGAUCACAUUGACAGCAAUGGAAACAGCAGCCCAGGCUGCUCUCCUCAGCCUCACAUACACUCAAUCCAUGUCAAGGAAGAGCCAGUGAUUGCUGAGGAUGAAGACUGUCCAAUGUCAUUGGUGACAACAGCGAAUCACAGUCCAGAAUUGGAAGAUGAUAGAGAAAUUGAAGAAGAGCCUUUAUCUGAAGAUCUGGAAUGAACAGAGACUUUGAAACCUCAAAAUGAAGGGACAUAUCACUGACCUUCAUAACCACUCCACAACCAUGAAUAUUUGACAAAUUUUUACUGUGACUAUUUAUUAAGCAUGGAUAAAGGAGAAACAAUCCUAAAGGAACUCAUUAAACCAGCCCUUUGGGAAUCCGGUUACAAACAGGCAAAUAGCUUGUUUUUUCUUUCUUUUCUUUCUUUUUUUUAAAAAAAGAUAAACUGAUUUUCGGGGAAGGGGGGGAAAAUAAACUGUUUAUAUAUAAUGGCUUGCCCAUUUAAAAAAAUGUGGCUAUCAAGAGUUCAUGAAAUGACUGAAUAUGAGGAUACAUGUUCUGUAGAAAGCAAAUGGGCCUCAUAUACUGCCAAAAAUAGUGUUAGUUUCAUCAAUGUGAAAAUUCCAGCAUACAGUAGUUGUAAUAAUGUUAGAAACAAUUGCUGGUCAAGUUCAACUUGUUGCUAUUGUUUUUAAUUUGCACAGGAGUAGUAUCAGAAAUUAGUGUCACUGCUUGUAUCUAGCUGAAUUUUGAACAACAGAACAUUAGUUUUUUAUGUUGGUGCCACCAACUGUAAAUGACAUAAGUUAGUUAUAAACAAACCACAGUAAUUAGACUGUUGCAACCAUCUAAAAACCUUUUUAAGCUUCCAGUCUGUGCUGUUAGUGUUAAGAUGUAAAGUGCAAUCCUAAGCUAACAUUGUCUGUGCAAGCACCAUAGAAACAUUUGCAUAUCUGCAUAUUAUCUUACAACUGUACUCUUUACCUCCUUGUGAUAAAGCUUUGUCUACCUGCAAACACAGUCAAAGGCUACAGCUGCAAACCAAAGCCUACUCUAACAAUGGCCAAUAGCUCAAUGACAGAAGCAGCCACAUGCUUUGGUCAGCCUUCUGUAACUUUAAUUAGUACAAAGGAACCUUUCCAUGAACUACCUGCUGUUUUCUGACGACCUCUGGGAUCUUUUCAUUUUAGCCCUAUACCAAGAAACAAAUAUGGGGGGAAAGUCAAUUUUGUCAUAGUGUAAUCUUCUGAGGCCAAAAGUCAAUCUUAAGUGCAGUGAAGAUUUGCUUUCAUUUUUAAGACAAAGGUGGGAACAAAGUGCGGGCAGAAGUUACGAUAGAAAGCAACAAAUAUGGAUCACUGACCAAAACAAUUAUGUACUUGAUGCAAAUGCAGAUUGCAUAUUAUGUAAAAUAUGUUUUUUUAAUUAUGUUCCCUCCCCAUUCAGACCGGUUUCCCCCCUCCCCUGUGGUGAAUACAUGUUGUUAGAAUAAGUCUUGUAUGGUCUUAAUCUUCGUUGUGUGCUAUUUUUUAUAGUCUUAAGUUAUAAUGACAAAAAAGUAGGAACCAAACAUAAAAAGGUCUAGUAAAGCCAAAAAUUAAUUUCAUAUUGAUUUAAAGUAAUCUAGGUGAGUUUUUACACUGAAAGCAAAGAUUAUAGCAAUUGUAGUCCAUGGUAUUUAUUUUCAGUCAAACCAAAGUUACAUAUGAUUCUGCCUCUGUUUAUACGGGAUACUAACACUAACAAUACACUCCCUUUGGAAGACUUGCACAGGCCAAAUUGUUGGAAUGCUCUUUCUUUCUUUCUUUCUUUCUUUCUUUCUUUCUCUCUCUCUCUCUCUCUCUCUCUCUCUCUCUCUCUCUCUCCUUUCUCUUUUGACAACUCCAAACCCAAAAAUACGACAAUACAUUAAUGGUGUAGUUAAAAAUAGCAUAGUCUGAUGUUUGCUUGAAUCCUAGAAACUUUACGUGUUGCUUUUCAUGUGCUGUGCCAAGUCUUGAUAAUACUUUCCCCCCCAACCAAGGGACCUCAUAACCUGAUUAUGGUUAUUGCUUUACAAACAGUUUUUUCCACAGAAGGUGACUGCUGGAGCUUAGCAUAGGUACCAGUUCCAUGUGAUGGGCCUGGGUCUUGCAAACUAAGCUCAUUGUGUUCUUUGCUGAAAUCAGCAAAUAGACUUAAAGAGAAACGCAGUCAUCUAUCACGCCAAAUAAAAGGACAAAAUGGCUUUCGAAAGGGUUUUCCCACUUACCCAAAAGGCUUUCUGAAAGCUUCUACCUCUGCAAAAGAAAACAAAAAAACAAACAAAAAGAAAUUAGAACAAUUAUGGCAGAUUGCAUGAAUUGUGAGAGAAAGUCACAGUAACUGCUACUUUUCAUUAUGUUUGUCUUUGGGUCAUGAUAACAGAAGGUUUAUAGUAAUUACAUCAAAAGAAAGAUUUACCAUGUGAAUGAUGGGGUUGUUGUUUUUCCAGUCGCCUAGGAUCCCUAAUGUGGAGAUGACCUGAAAGGAACUAAUGUUUCUUUCAAGUGUAUGUUCAAAAGACUUUGAUGGACUGGAAGUAAAUGUGAUAAUUGGACCAUCAAGGUGGUGGCCUAAGACUACAAUGCUAAAGUAUGCAUACCUCAGUUACAAACCUUUUUGAAAGGAAGUCUCAGCCACAGAAUGCAUAUACCUGUAGAGUUUUGCAUGGGUUUUAUAUAAAUACAAUUUAAUGAAAAAAAUAGCUGCUUGCACAUUAUACCAGAAAAACCUCCAAAACUGCAAUUGCUUUGAAAAAUAGACUUUAGGUUUUUUGGAGUUUUCUGAGAUGCUUGGUCUGUAUUUUGAUAAUUGUGCAUAUUAUGUAAAAAUGUUGGUGGACCCAUAAAUGACCAGACUUUUUCUAAGAAAAAUGUUGCUUUAAUGCAUUUCAUGAAUUUUUACUCUGAUAUCAUUGCUUGCUAGUAAUAGCAAACCUGCUUUUUCUGCAUCUGCUUUGCGUAGCUAUUGUAAGGCUUUGAACUAAUGUAUGUAUUUAUUGCUUGAACUUCUGUGCAUACCUUAUAAAGCAUAAUGUCUGACAAUUUAAAUGGCUCAUGUAUUCUUGCUUCUAUCAUAAGCUGAUAAUGGGGACUAUGAUCUUUUGUAUACAGCAAAUUUUAACUGUAGCACAAACAUUUGUUUAUGUAUUGGUGGAAUAUACCUGUUUUAUUUAUCUUUUUUGAGGUAAACUAAUUUUUGAUACUUUUCAUUACUGUGUACUGUGUUCAUACCUUGAAUUCUCUGACGUUAGAAGUCAUGGUUGAGAAUUGUAACAGCUGUUGUUCGUUCUGUAUUCAUGGCUCUCACUGCUGAAUAAAAUAAAGGACCAAACCUAGGAUUUGAAAGAAAACUGUCUACCUCUAACACCAGGGAGUUAUCAGAUUUUAUUUUACAUAGUUUUAGUCUACAAAGACACAAUUGCUUAAACCUAGUGGGCUUAAGGCUUAUAUUCUGUGUGGUUGAAUUCAUGGCACAGUUGUACUGUUUGAAAAUCAAUUAAAAUUUCAUGUGAAUGUUACAAGCAUUAGGUAGAAUUACCACUAACUGGGUUUUCUUUGGAUAACUCAGAGAUGGGGAAGUGAUCAUCAGCAUUCUGUGUCUACAGCUGCUUAACUUCAUAAGAAUGCAUUUCUUUGUGAUUAGGGAAUCGAAGCAUAGCCAGCUAGGAACAGAGCAACUGAGCUAUACUUAAAAGAUAAACCAGGGUGGACUUUAAUGUCCCCGGUCAGAAUCAGUCGCAAGCUCCCAUAGUCUGUUUUACUCAGAUUCCUCAAAUUGGGCAUUCACAUUUUGGAGAAUUUACUUCAGGAUUUAGACUACACAUUCCAAUACUAGUGUACAUUUUUGGAAAGCUAGUGUUAUUACUGCUUAUAAAGCACACUUUCACCCUUGUUACUUCAAGAGUUCAAAUCGGAAUGGGUUUUGUCCAUAAAAAUCAGGCAUAUUUAACAAACAAAAAAAAGAUGUAAAUUUUACUAUAGUAUUAAUGUAAACAGUGUUUUCACUGCUGCUGGAUGUAAAAAAUGUAAAUGAAACCAUUUCAUUCACUUGCUUAAGUUUCUGGUGUAUAAAUAAAAUGUCUAAUUCUUUUUGA